AUGAACGUGUCAAUCGAGCCGGGUUCUGCCUCGGCCACCCUCCAUUUCCCAACAGAUGCCCUCGAAGAUCUCCUGCUGGCCUCUGAAGAGCCAUACUAUCCACUCUCUACCCGUAUUCUGAUCACAUUUCUCUUUGUGACUCUUGGUUUGAUUGGAGUGGUCGGCAAUUUGAUGGUUAUCAUUGUUGUAUAUACCGUCAAAGGAAUGGUGAGCACGACAAAUUGCUACCUCGUCUCGCUGGCUAUUGCCGAUGCAAUGUUUUUCAUCGCUACGUUACCAAGCGAAAUGAUGUUGCUACAUUUAGAAGGGCAAUGGCAUCUGUUUGGGUCGAUUGGAUGCUCGAUAUUCGCUUUUCUGCCAUAUUUCGCUCUGACGGCAUCCGUGCUAUCCAUCACAGCCUUCACUGUCGAGCGCUAUCUGGGAAUUUGCUAUCCAUAUAAGCAAUUAACGUGGUGCUCAAUAUCGCGUGCAAAAACGAUCAUCCGCUGCAUUUGGCUUUUCUCAUUUAUCUACAAUGCACCGUGGCUCUAUCUGGCCACAGUUGUAGAAAUUGAUCCCGGCCAUCCAGAAUGCACAUUCAAGCUGGAUCGCGAUAAUUGGCGCUAUAAGGCAAUCUACCUAUUCGACUUCUUCACGUUCUACGCCAUCCCAAUGAUACUCAACAUUGUCAUCUAUGCAAAGAUCGCCGUCCAAAUCUCGAGAUGUGGCACCAUGAAAAUGAAGAUGAAGCAUACCAUCAAGGGCGGCGUAACAUCCACUGGCAAGGCCGAGACCACGCACACAGAUUUUCGCGUGUCAACCGGAAGUGGGCGGAACCCACAGAAGAAUCGACACGGAGUGGUGAAAAUGUUGGCAGUUGUCGUGAUAACAUUUGCUGCCUGUUGGCUGCCAUACAAGGCCAUGGUUAUGCAUAACUCAUUCUCGGAUGUCGACAACAAAUGGGAUUCAGAAACUUACAUCUUCUUCGCAAAAACAAUGAUCUUCAUCAACUGUGCGAUCAAUCCGAUUCUGUACAAUUUGAUGUCGAACAAAUUCCGAUCGGCUUUUGCCCAACUGCUGAAAGGGAAGAAAGGAAAAGGAUCGAAUUCGCCCAAGAAGGGCGUCUCUCUAUUGAAUGUGCGUCCCCAGGAGCGUCGUCGUAGUGAUGAUGAUAGAUGGACAUUGAGACAUGAUGAAGAUGAUGACGAUGAUGAUCACACUACAGAAUCCCCCAAAAGUUCUAUUAAAGCCACUGAAAAGUGUCAGUUGGUCCAGAAGAGUACUACUCCCCUUGUUGUCGCUUCCCCUUCGGUCCGUUUCGAACCGCUUACACCAUCAAAUUCUGAUGGGAUUAUUGUAGAGCUG